GGCCGCCACUCUCUACACACCCACGCUCUCGAGCCUCUUGUUUUGUUUUUGUUUUUUUUUUUUGUUAUUCUUCUUUCCUCCGUCAACGGACCAUCGCCGCCCGAGUAUACAUACGCGGUCCAUUCUAUUCUCAUCUAUUUUCUUCCCUCGCCGACUCGCGCGGCCCUUUCUCUCUCCAACUUCGUCAAUAGCACGCCCACGUAUACCACCUCGCGCCGGAGAGCCGCGGCCGGACUUUCUAUUUUGACCUCGAGGUGCUUGGGCUGCCACCGCCACUGCCAACCGCCUGCACGGCUACGCGAUUCGGUGGUACGAACAUUUUGUGCGCAAAAGUACAUACAUUUAAUCCCUCGUUCUGUGUUGGUGCGCGUCUAUUGUAUCAUCAAUAUAUACAUAUACGCUUAUCCACCCCCGAUUGGAGAGAGGAGGGGGGGGGACGAUAAUGCGGGGCCGCUCGUCCGAUCUUCCAUCCGAGGUGCAAGCUGAGCCCACGACGAAAGUACGCAACGACAAUCGAAGUCGCCUGAACCGAUCGAGGAGCAGCAGAGAAAGCCGCGCCGCGUAGGUGGAGUGAAAGCCGCGGAUGGUGUGCCAAGUAAUAUAUUCCCGCUGGGCUGCCUCUUUUUUUUUUUUAUCCCCCAUCCGCGAAUACGAACGCAUACAAAUAAUCUUCGGAUAGUGCUUUGGUGCAGGAGGAACAGUAAAUAUACAGUGUAUAUAGUAUAUACGUAGCGCAGUCGAGGGGGGCCUUUUGUUCGUUGGCGCUGGCGUAACCGGUUCUCCCCCUGUGGCCAACCUGUGCUCGAACGAUCGCGCUCUCGUUUCGGGGGCCCGACGAGCGUUCGUCGCCGUGUGGUGUACAACCACCGCAUAUGUUUCGCGCACGCAGCUGCGGACCAAUUGCUUUUUGCCGGACUAAAGAAGAACAGCUGAUGUGUCGUUGUAACUGGUGCGAGUGAUCGGAGAUAUACGUACAGGGGAGAGAGGGAAACAAAAGGGGGGUUGGUGAAGAGUCGUCAAUAAGGGGCGUUUGGGUUGAGUAAAGUGGUGGUCAUGAUGGGUGUACUGAGGUGGAGGCACGACCUGAGGUCGGAGGCUAGCCAGCAACAGCAGAGGAGCGCCAACGCCGAGAGGAACUCGCACAAUCACACGCUGCCCAAGCUACUGUCGCAGACGUCGCGGGACGAGCGAACGAGCGCAACGAGCCCGGCCACCAACUCGCAGGCGAGCGGCACGCCGACCCCGGUUCCGUCGCCCGUGGGCGAGGCACCCCUGGGUCGUGCCCUGAUGGAAGCCGCGAUCCAGCACGCAAGCAUGACGUCCCAGGCGCCACCGAUGGUUGUCACGCCAGCCGGUUACUGGCUCGACGGCACGGAUCACAGGCACAACCUCGACUCGGCCGGAAGGGCCCUACUACCGGCCCAGCCUGCCUGGCAGCCCAGGAUCGACCAGGACGACACCGCCAAGUGCUACAGGCGCUUUUUCGUCGGCAGGGAACACCUAAACCUCGUGGGACGCGACUCGGACAACGGGCCGGUGCUGGUGUCGAUAAAGGCCGAAACGGUAGCCGGCCAGGAGCACUGGCGCGUCCUGCUACGUCUGAGGGCCGGCUCGAUGCACGACCUCAUCUCGGCGACCGUCCUCGGACCCAACCCUUCCCCCGUCAAAAUGGUCAAGGUAAUCAUCUCGCAGGCGAUAAACGACGGGCUGAGCGUGAACUCGCUCGUGCCGGUCAUGUGCUCGGGAGCGGGUACCCUGAUAGCCCGUUACGACGAGCACGCUCUGGUCUCGCGGUUCAAGUUCGGGGUCCUCCACCAACGAGUCCGGCAGGUCACCGAGGAGCAGCUGUUCGGCAACCGGCAGAUCACACCUGCCUUCCAAGAGUUCCUCGAUUUGCUCGGCCAACGCAUCGAUCUCAAGGAUCACAAGGGAUACCGAGGUGGCCUGGACACGCGCCACGGUCAAACGGGUGAUACAGCGGUGUACGAGGUGUUCCGGGGCCGAGAGGUGCUAUUCCACGUGGCCUCGAUGCUGCCCUACAGCCCCGGGGACUCGCAGCAACUGCAGCGCAAACGUCACAUCGGCAACGACAUCGUCGCCAUCAUCUUCCAGGAGGAGCCCACGCCCUUCAGUCCCGACAUGAUAGCCAGUCACUUUUUGCACGCCUUCAUCGUCGUCCAGGCCAUCGAUCCUUGCACGCCUAACACGAGGUACAAAGUCAGCAUCACGGCGCGAGACGACGUGCCCUGGUUCGGCCCGACCCUUCCGACUCCGGCUGUUUUCAUGCGCGGAGUCGAGUUCAAGGAGUUCCUGCUCACGAAGCUCGUCAACGCCGAAAACGCGGCCUACAAAGCCGAAAAGUUCUCCAAGCUCGAGUUGCGCACGAGAACGGCUCUGCUCGAGUCCCUGGUCGAGGAGCUUCAGUCCAAGACCCAAGAGUUCCUGGGCUCGGGUCUCGGUGCCACAAACUGCCCGGUGAGUCCUACCUCGGGCGGGGAUGUCUCCGGCACCAGCUCGAGCGGUGGUGGCGGUGGCGGAUCUCGGUUCAUCGACACCGUGCGCAAGGCCCUGAUUUCUCGGGUGCGCAACGCUUCGACCGAGAGCGUGCCCCAACAGCUGUCCAAGAAAGCCCAGUCACUCGAGCCCAGUCCACCCAGCAACAGGCAGUCCACGGGCGGCGGCAAGCUAUCCACCAGCGCCUCAACCGGCAAGAGAUCCGUCGAGCCGGCCAGUCCGCUUGGAUCGCCCGACCUCACUCUCAGGAGCAGGGACUCGGACAGGAACAGCCCGAGUCUGGGUAGCCAGGACAGCAGUUUGUCCAACACGGACAACCAGGACAGCAGCAGCUUGACCACGGUACAGCAGCAGGACGAGGACAACAGGCGCGAGACCAGCUCACUGAACGGCCUCGCGAGUGAGGGCAGCAACAGUAACACCGGGAGUGUGAGCAUCGCCGAGAAGUGCGCGAGCAGCGGCAACGUCGUGCUCGUCGGGUCCUCGUCGUCGUCGAGCUCCGGCUUUCAGAGGCUCACCCAUGAGAAUCUGAGGAGGCGAGAGGAGCGAGCUGCCGCCGCGGCUGCUGCGGCGGCCGCCGCAGCCCUUCAGGAGAAGACGAUAAUCGAGCAACAGCAGCACAGGGUUGUGUCCGAGAGCGACGAUAGUUCACUGAACAGCGAGCUCGAGCUCGACCAGGCCGUUUAUCCGGACAGCGACACGGGACUGGAGAGCAUGAGCUCAGCCGAGACCCACGAGGCGAGGUGUAGUGCUGGAAAAGAGGCCGGUCAGACCGGGUUGGUCAUGGAAACGGACCUGCUCAGGCAGGAGGUCCAGAGGCUCAAGGGUGACAAGCUGGACUUGUUGAGGCAGAACGUGUCAUGCCAACGAGAUAUAAAGCGCCUGCGGGAAAAAGAAUUGGAACUACAAUCAGACCUGGCGUCAGCCUCGAAAGAGAUUCUCCGGCUACGAGCGAUGCUCAAGGAGUGCUCGACGGGCUUACCUCUGGAUAACAACAAUCAGCAGGCGUCGACCGUAUGAGAGGAGUGAUCCAGCGGUGAUCCCUAGAUUACCGUGGCGAUUGAUAAGAGGCACUGACGGUGCUUUGCGAGCUUUAAAAGCGGCCAAAGCCUAGAAGCUAUACACACACAGCUGUAUAUGUACAAAAUAAGGAGUGCGCAAGAGAUAACGUGUAGAGUAUAGAGCAACAAUAAGCGAAAACGAAUUCUUCUGUCGUGUCUUUCUCACCUUUGUUCUCUGUUGUCGUUGACUCGUCGUUGUUGCAAGGCCCGAAUUAAGAAGUCACAGAGAUCUUUAGACGUAUCUUUUGUUCGAUCUUUCAAAUAACACGAUCAUGUUCAUUAAUAAUUGGUUUUUUUUUCGAUAACAGACAAAGAUCUUUUCAUCUCAAGAUUUGCAAUUGGUGUAAUUACAUAUUUACUGCGCGUUAUGUAAACCCUAGAAAACGCUAUGCUCAUUCUCGUUACAAGUUGUUGUCAUUCUCAACUUUUUUUCGAAAAAAAAAAAAGAGACAAUGUAGCUUCUCUUUUAGACGAUGUUAAAGAGAGAAACAAAAAACUAAACGUAGAGUUACGAUGAUGGGUACAAAUUAUGAAGAAAUUCAAUGCUUAUGUAUAUAAGAAUCACGUUGCGUGUAAGCAAUGAGAUAGUGAGUCGCUUUGCGAGUUUUUAUUCGACGAAAGGGAGCUUUAGAGACUCCGUUGACACGCGCGCACGCUAAGAGAAUGACGUUAUAUAGCAAACCUGACUGUGAGAGUAUUUGUGCAAGUUGUAUUUGGAAAGUAUUUAAGAUACUAAUUUAUUUUGUAGCUGAUAAGACAACGCAACAAAAAAACAAAUCCCUCUUUGUAGUCAAUGUAUAGAGAGAUAAAAAAGAGAGAGUAUAAUGAUGUAUUAAUUAUAUGGAAAAUAAGAAAAAUUAAAAAAUGCCGACAAUCGCUGUCGAUGUGCAUGUUUUAGAUGAUUGAGGCUUGAGUAUAUAAAAAAAAAAUUGUUAGAUUAAAUUUUUAAACGUUACUCUUGAUUGCACCAAUGCACACCCAUGAGUAGCAAACAAAAUUAUAUUGAGAGCACACAUUAUACAUCGAUAUUAUCAUUGCUAUAUUAUUAACACUUAUUAUUAUUACUACUAUUUUCAUAAGUAUUAGUUAAAUCGUGUUACCUAACUACUAUCUCCCAUUAUCAGUUGUUCUUUUCUUUAUCUCAGUUGCACCUUUCAUUUAUUUUUGCGAGCUUCUACAUCCGUAUGCAUCCUUUCUUUAAAAGAAUGAGAUAUAUCAAAUCGAUGUAAAUGUAACGUACAUUUUAGCGCUCGUUAAAACUCUGCAAUUUAUAGAAAUUAUUUAUGAUAUGUAAUUAAAAAAAAGUUUAUCUAUUGGUUAACGAUGAUCCUAAGAUUUAUAAUCUUGCUAAAUUUUUUAUGAAUCAUAUUAUUGAAUUACGAUAACGGUCAGUAAUACAAAUUAAAAAUUUUAUGGAAUAAACUGUAUAUUCUUAUAUGCGGCAUAUAAUGUAUGUCAAGUAUUACAAAAGAUUAAUCCUUUUUUUAUAAAACUAUUUUCUUCUUACUUGUAUUAUUCCCUUCUUUCUAAUGAUUAAAGAUUUUAAUGCAUCUAAUGAUUUAAUUGGUUAUUUUUUACAUUGAAAUACGUUCGUAUAUAUGUGUACAUAUAUCAGUAAUAAAAAAUUGUAGUAGAGCACCAAACACGAAUAAAAAAAAAACAACUAGCAUCGAUCGCAUAACCAAAUACCAAAGUUUAUCUCGUUAAGAUUGCGCUCUUUACUUUCCUACAUUCCUCGUUUCCUCUUCAGAUUGUAUUGCACAUUUUUCGGAGCACAAGCGGUAGCGCACAAUCGUUGUAAAACUUACAAACAAGAAAAAAAAAAAAAAAUAAUAAAUAAAUGAAUACGGAAAAUUAGGAGAGAAAACAAUAAUUGUAU